AUGUCUCGUCAUCACCAUCGUCAAGGGGGAUCUGGUUCCAGGAUGCUCACGGAGUCUGAACGUGCGAGACUCGAAGAGUUCGUUCCCGACAUCAACUAUUCUGCCAGGUACUCAGACAGCAAAUACGAAUACCGUCAUGUGAUGCUCCCGAAGGCCAUGCUCGAUAUGAUUCCUAACGACUACAAGGAUAGUAAUGGUGUCCUGAAGAUUCUGAAGGAAGAUGAAUGGCGUGGGCUGGGAAUCACACAGUCUCUUGGCUGGGAACACUACGAAGUCCAUGCACCGGAACCACAUAUCCUCCUCUUCAAGCGCCCGAAGAACUACGGCCAACCGGGUCACUGA